AUGAUCAGGGUAUUCACUCGCUCAGAAGAACGCCUAGCCUCAUCAUCCGAGCUUUCCGAAUUUGAAGAAUCCGUCAAGACCAGUUCAGUUCCAUGUGCCACCGUUGGUGAUGUCAAAAAGUCAAACCUACCGAGUGUAGCAGUUUUGCUAUCUUGUCGAGGAAAGAAGGAGGGCGAAGUGGCGAUGGCAAAAAACGAAAGCAAUGGCGCAGUAGAGGCCUACCAAUGGGAUGGAAUGAAAGGCGAUUGGUCAAUGGUCGGGACGGUCGUCAAUGGUAUUGGCUCAGCAAGAAAACAGCUCUUCGAAGGAAAGGAGUAUGAUUACGUCUUCGAUUUCGAUAUCAAGGACGGAGAGCCUCCUCUCAAACUACCCUACAACGCAUCUGAUAAUCCAUACACUGUCGCUCAAAAAUGGCUCGCAAAGCACGAGCUGCCCAGCACCUACGUCAACCAAGUCGUAGCCUUCAUCAAUAAAAAUACAUCUGGCGUAGCCCUAGGAGGGCCGACUGCAGGCUCGGAUCCGUUCACUGGUUCAGCCAGCUACCGCCCUAAUCCUGGUCAAAAUCAAACCCAGUCAAAUGUUGGAGCUGAUCCUUUCACCGGCGCUGGCAGCUAUCGGCCGAAUAGUGGUGCACCCUCUGUUAGUAAGGAUAUUGGUCUUACUAUCCAGUUGAUUUUGCAAUCUAAUUGA